AUGGCGAAAUUACUCAUUCCUGAGGACUCUCUGCUAGAACUUAGCGAUAGGGUCGUUUUCAUCACUGGCGGCGCUUCGGGCAUUGGAAGAGCAACCGCAGAACUAUGUGUCGAAAAGGGCGCAAAUGUAGUUAUUGGCGACAUCAACCCACUGCCAGCCGACCUGCCAGAAUCAGACAAGCUGAAAUAUAUCCAAGUCGAUGUCUGCUCUUGGGAGAGUCAACGCGACGCCUUCAUCCAGAUCGAAGAAUGGUACGGGCACAUUGAUCACGUCUUCGCCAACGCAGGUCGUGGCCCGACACUCGACUUUCUAGACGAUACAUUCGAUGAGAAUGGCCUCUUGGCGCCUCCGAACCUGCGCACUAUCAAUGUCAAUCUACUCGGCGUGAUAUCGACACUGCGCCUGGCAUCUCACUAUAUUCAAAAGCACAGUGAGCACCGCACACCCGGUGAACUGGGCAGUAUCGUGGUUACGGGCUCUGUGUCUUCGUUCCAAACCUUCUCGGCCUGUGACUAUACAACUGCAAAACAUGGUGUUUUGGGUAUGCUUCGUGGUUUCGGGUCUAGACUGGAGGGCAAAGUUCGGUUGAAUGCCGUCGUUCCGUCGUGGACAGAUACUGGUAUCAUUGCCAAGGAGUUUGUGGAAUCCCUGGGGAUUAGCACUCAGGAACCAGUCGUUGUGGCUAGGAGCGUGGUACACCUCUUUGGAAACCAGAAGUGCCACGUUGAGGCCAUUUACAGCAUGAAUGGGAAUUACUGGGAAAUUAACAAAGCGGAACAGGGCUUACUCCGGGCCGUGGAAAAUAUGCUCCCAGACGCUGGCAACGAGGAGGCAGUGAUGCAGAAGAUUGCGGCGAUGGCUGCAGCUGGAUGA